AUAACUUGGGCCAAAGUCAAAAAGCCGACAGCCCCAAUUGUUGCACCAUUCUCUUCAUCACUGUAUGACCGACCAAAAGAAAGAAAACAUGAGUGUUUGUCGAAACCAAAGAGCAACAUAUCUUGUUGGUGUUUGAGUGAAUCAGACAUGGCAGCAGCUACUCGAAUGAUAGAUAUAGCCGUCAACUUCACAGAUGGCAUGUUCAAGGGAAUCUACAAUGGCAAGCAGUAUCACGUCGCAGAUAUACAAAAUGUUUUGACCAGAGCUUGGGCUGCCGGCGUUCACAGAAUCAUUGUAACUGGUGGGUCACUUGAGGAAUCGAGGGAGGCGCUCGCAAUUGCAGAAACAGAUGGACGCCUGUUCUGUACUGUCGGUGUGCAUCCUACGCGUUGCAAGGAAUUUGAGGAGAGCGGGGAUCCAGAAAAGCAUUUUCAGUCACUUUUGUCAUUAGCUAAGGAGGGAAUUCAGAAAGGGAAGGUGGUUGCAGUUGGAGAAUGUGGAUUGGACUAUGACCGGCUUCAUUUUUGCCCAGCAGACAUUCAAAAGAAGUAUUUCGAGAGGCAAUUUGAAUUAGCACAUAUCACAAAACUGCCUAUGUUUUUGCACAUGCGAGAAGCAGCUGCAGAUUUCUGUGAAAUAGUUGAGAGAAAUAGGGACAGGUUUACUGGUGGAGUCGCCCAUUCAUUUACUGGUAGUAAGGAUGACUGCAUUAAGCUUCUCUCAUUUGAUAAAAUGUAUAUUGGUGUUAAUGGAUGCUCUCUGAAAACAACAGAGAACCUUGAUGUUGUGAAGGGUAUUCCUGUUGAGAGAAUGAUGAUUGAGACAGACUCACCGUACUGUGAAAUCAAGAAUACUCAUGCGGGAAUUGGUUUUGUUAGAUCCAAAUGGCCUUCUAAGAAGAAAGAGAAGCAUGAUCAAGAGUGUGUUGUCAAAGGCCGCAAUGAACCUUGUUUGGUUAGGCAAGUUCUUGAGGUGGUUGCUGGCUGUAAAGGCAUAAAUGACGUGGAUGACCUGAGCAGAACAUUGUACCACAACACUUGCAGGGUCUUUUUCCCGCAAGACUUGGACUCUCUAGCUGAUGCUCUUCUAUCUGGGGUUAACUCUUCAUAGACUUAGCUAUUUUCUUCGCUUUUAUUCGGAGCUGUUCAGUUUCUUCAUUCUCCAUUUCUUGAAGUGAAAUUGAGAUUGUCUACCUGCUCUGUCCCUUUGCUGGCAAGUGAUAAAUCAGAAAGGGAUUUCCAGGGGGCAGCCUCGCGAGUGUGUAAAAAUUUAUGUAUUCUAUUUUAUCAAACUUACAAUGUAAAAAACUGCUGAUUCUGAACACGAAGCAAACAGAUUCCAGUUGGCUGGAAUGGUUUUGCUUGACAUGCCAUGACUGGAAGUAAAUUAAUGGUCUAUAUUCCCAAGUUGCAUGCGUUCAAGCUUGGACAGUGUAAAAUCUUAUUCAUAGUUAAUAAUGCCAUGACUGGAAGUAAAUUAAUGGUCUGUA